AUGCCCGUGGUAUCACCCUCUAGGUACAGCUCCACUUCCUCAACCCUGUCAGGGUCAUACAGAUCUUCGACUACCGUGGAGAAACCAUAUUACAGGUCGAGUAGCGGAAAUUAUGACACAAUACGAAGCUAUGAGAAGUCUGAGUACCGCUCCAGAUACUCAGAUAUCGAUGGAAAUAGGGAACGGAAGAGCUCCCUGGCGGAACGUUCUAGAACGUCUAGAGCGCCGAGCAUUGCAGAAUCUGAUAGCGGAAUCUCCAGCAGAUACAGGUCUGAGAGAUCAGAGUCCAGGUCUAGAGAUAUCUCUACGACCAGAAGCGAGAGCAGCAAGACUGCCAGUGAUCCUUUACCGAGAAGCCGGAGGAGUGUCAUUACAUCAGCUGACCUGGCCAUGUCAGCUGCGGAGUUAUACAAUAAAUACUCUCCCGCGAAUUAUAUACCCUUGACACAGAGGAAACAGCAACUGCAGAAUCAAAAUUAUGGAGAUAUAUCCAGGUCAAAGUCUAUCUCCAAUGAUAUUGGGAGACCACCGGUCGCUGACUCAGCCAGAUUGGCGAGAAAGGCCAGAAACACAGCCGCUACGAUAUCUGAGAGACCGGAACGAAGAUCUUACAAGGAAAGCUCGCCGGGCUACAAACGCGGGAUGGCGAACGGUGUUAAAGAUACAAAUGGGAAUGAAGUGCCCACCGUGUCCGAAAUACGAAAGAGAUUCGAUCAAAAAAUGACAGUUACGAAACUACCCGCAAAUGAUACACGAUAUUCAAAAACAUCAGUUGAACAUUACCUAAAUCAACUUAAAGAUUGCGAAAACGGUACCGUAGGCUACACGAAGCUAGUGCCAAAAGACGAAAAGAUAGUACCUGUUCAUAUGCCUCAUGAAAAAAACGGUAUUAGAUGGGAGAUAGGUUCAACGAGUUCACGAUCAAAUUCGAACUCUGAUGUGUCAUUAAGUAAAACUAUAUCUGAACCCGUGUGUUUAGCGAAGCCUUCACACGAUAAAACUAAUGUUAUGUCCACAUCUCUAACUACUAAGUUGCCCUCUGAACGUUUAGCCAGCAUCAAAAGUCAAUUAGAUCCAAACAAUCCUAUAGGAAAGAUUCUAGAAAAGUCGACCGUUAUUCAUGUUGAAAAUGGUGAUAGCGAUUUUAAAAAGCAUGAUGGACACAAGCUAAAAGAGCUGAAAAAUGAUAUAGAAAAACAAGUAAAAGCUCCAAAACAUACAUCAAAUUUCGCUUCCUAUAUACAGAUAUCUCAACCGGUAUCGUCAGGAGCCACGCCUAAAAAACAGAUAGAAGUAAACAAUGUCAUAAAUGAGGAACCUUCUAAAAGUGAUAUCAAAACAGAGCAAAGAAGGUCUAGAGUAAAUCUCAAGUACAUCGAUUCAGAAGACGACAGAUUAAUUUUAGAUAACGACAUUGAAUCCCCAAGCGGCACAGGAUUUGAGAAUAAGACGUUUGAACAUGAGAAUUAUUUGAAGAAGAGAACGGAGAAGUGUGAAGACGAUGAAAGGAGAGAAGAUGAAGCUAAAUCGAUGGAGACAAGUACGGAGAGUACUCUGAGCGAGCUGACUGAAGACUUAAGUCCUGAUACUCCAUCUUCUAGAAGGAAAACUUUGGACAGGGAUUUCGAAGAUAUUAAAGGGGAGUUAGCCGGCGGUAAGAGCGGGCCUAGCGGCCUCCGGCGGAGUACAGACAGAUCUGACUCUCUGACUGAGGGACGUACGGAGAAACAGCCAAGUCACACUAGUGGUCUGAAUGGACUACGCAACAUCGGGAACACGUGCUUCAUGAACAGCGUCCUUCAAUGUUUGUCGAAUACACGGCCCUUGCUCGAAUACGUGAGCGACGAGAAAUUCUCUGACGAUAUUAACACAACGUUGAGCUGUAUGAAGGGUGCUUUGAUCAGAGCUUUCGCGAGCGUCAUCAAGGAGCUGUGGCGCAGCGGCGAGCGUGAUUCUGUCGUGAACACAACAUCUCUGAAGUCCCAGGUUCAGCGGUUUGCGCCGAGGUUCAUGGGGUACAGCCAACAAGACGCACAGGAGUUCCUCCGUUAUCUGCUGGAAGGCUUACACGAGGAUGUGAACCGGGUGACCGUUAAACCAAAACCUAUACUCACUGAAAUCGACGACAAUCUAAGCGAUACAGCGAAAGCCACGGAGGCGUGGAGCCGCUACCUGCGCAUGGAGGACAGCCGCGUGGGAGACAUCUUCAUGGGACAGCUCAAGUCCACGCUGCGCUGCACCCACUGUAACCACGACAGCGUCACCUUCGACCCUUUCUGGGAUCUCAGUCUUCCAAUCCCAUGCCGCACUGGGAACCUAAAGCUGCAGCAAUGUUUGCAGCACUUCACCAGGGAGGAAGAACUUGACGGUGAUGAAAAACCGACGUGUUCAAAGUGCGGAGUUCGCAGAAAGUGCCUCAAAUGGUUCACCGUCCAGAAGUUUCCACAAGUACUUGUGCUGCAUCUAAAGAGAUUUUCUCCAACAGAACGUUUCCGUGGCAAACUGAACGUGUUGGUGGAGUUCCCUCUCAACGGACUGGACAUGUCCCCCUACACAGCAACCCGCGGCAACCAACCCGUCUACAACCUGUACGCCGUCAGCAACCACUCAGGAACUACGUACUCCGGGCACUACACAGCUUACUGCAAACAUCCCUACAAUGGGGAGUGGCAUGAAUAUAAUGAUUCAAGGGUAUUACCAAUCAACAGUCGUAACGUGGUAUCAUCAGAAGCUUACGUCCUGUUCUACGAACUAGCCGGCACACGAAGCACGUAG